GGAGCUAGGGAUAUCGAAGGAAUCGUGCAGGGCUAUGCAAGAACAUGUAACUCUACUAACAAAACAACUAGAUCAGGCAAAUGAGAAGCUAGAUCGACACCACAGAGAGAAGGAAGAGCUGAACCGAUCAAACGGGGCUCUUUCGGCUGAACUACAACAGGUCAAAGCGGCAAAAGAUGGAACCGAGUCCACUUUGCAGCUUCUGCGAAACGAGCUUGCGUCUGCUCGGACGUUGAUGGAGAGGAAUGCUUUGGAAGUCACAAAGAUGAAGGAGAACGCCGACGAAGCCGCAAGUCACAUAGCAACACUCCAUUCGUCACUCAGAAAGGCUCAGGAAGAACUGAAGCUCAAACUUGCGGACAACGAUCGAUUGAGGAACCAUCUCCACGAGCUUGAAGAAUUCGAGCAAUCUCAAGUCCAACUCCUCCAAAGUCACAUAGAAAAGCUCCAAUGUUUACGCCAGUCGUGUCCAAGGACAUAAAACACUAUAAAAUUGUGGAGAUCGACAGCAGUCGUCAUAUAAAGAUCCACUAUAAAUUUGUGGAGACCCAUUGUGUAAGCGUUGUUGUCCACAUUGUAUAACGAAUCGACUUGUUUUUC